AAUGGUUACUUCUAAUAGGUUUGCUUUCAUUGUAUUAUAUUAGUUUUCCUGUCAAAUUUGGCGCUGUCCGUAUAUCUAAAGUUAUUGAAUUUGAUUUUAGUGCAGUAAACUGUGUGUAAACUGUCUGACAUAUUUAAUUUGUGUUUGUUUUAAAACAUAAUUAGUAAAAUUGUGUUAAUAUCUUGUAUUUUAAAUUAUUUAUCCUAGCCUAUUUAUUUUUGGGCUGUGAUUUAAUAUUUUUGAGCCAACUGGUUUAACCUUUUAACCCAGUUUAAAUUGCAGUAUGAGUCAUAAACCCUUUGUAUUUGUUAAAGGAUUUACAGAAAGAUUCCAUGAAUUAAGUAAUGUUUUAACAAAUAAUGUCAUGGCCACUGAUAUACAAAAGGAAUGGAGUAAUUGUAUGGAAUUAGCAAUUGAACCAAUAGGGUGGCAGGCAAUUUGGAAAAUGUCUCGUCAGUUAUGUAUUGAUCUGAAGAUUAAUUUUCCUUGUACAGUCAUUGUUGUUGUGGAACAAGUGAACUUUAAGGAAUUGUCAUGCCUUGUGUCAAUACAUGAAGUUGAAGAUGAUGAUAUCCACCUGCCAGAGAAGAUGGCAGACGUGCCUCUGAUAGAAUUGUAUCCUACAAUGGAACAGGACAAUUCGUCUGCUCUGUCACUGUAUGAUACAGCACAGCUUAUAGAUAACCUCAGGUUUUUCUACAACCAAUUGUGGAUGCCAUGGGAUUUGGAAUUUGAUGAAGAUGUUCCGUGGUUGGAGUCUCAUCUCGAAGGCAGACUUCAAUUGCACUUUGCAAUGGCAGAGAGACGGGUGCCACAUGAGAUAAGUCAUACUGUCCGAAGAUUGGUGGCAGAGGGAAAGCAGAUCCAACAGGCCAUAGAACACCAUCAGGAGCAGCUGGAAGGGUGCGGAGAGGUGGACGGCUCAGGUAUCCUACUACAGCUGAUGGAAUUACACAACCGAAUUGCCCACUUGCGUAAUAAAUACCUCAUCUAUGAGAGGCCCCAACUGCUAGAAGCUCUGAUACAAAGGACAGAACACCAGGAGAGCAGCAAGUCGGCUGUAAUGUUGGUAAUGGCGUCCACUACACCCCAUCAGUUGACUAAACAGGCUGAUCUUAUCGCAAAAGCAACCUCAGAUAGCCAAACAAUCAAGGUAGUUACUUCGUUGCAGGAGGCCCUGGUGAAGGUUGCGAUGGGGGGAACAGUACUACUCACAGCAGGGGAAUAUCCAGUCCGAGAUUUGGCCACCCUGGAGACAGGAGGAUCUGUUAUCGGGUUAGAGCCUGGAGUGAUAAUCACUGAUGACAUAGAAAGCUGCUCUACUCUAGACCUGUUCAAGGGCUUCCUGUCUCUCACAGGUCUCACUCUACAUAUGACCACAGCUUGGAGCAUAAUCAAGUUGCGGCCCAAUGUGGAGUGUUGUCUGAGAGAAAUCACUCUAGUAGGAGCGACAGUUACGGACGGUGUGGACGCAUUUCCCGGCUCGCGACUGUCAGCUACCGGAUGUCGCUUCACCAACUGUCGCACAGCAAUCACGUGCGAUGCAGGCUCCACUGUAGCAUUGAGUAACUGCACCUUCUGUGACAACAAUAUUGCGCUUGAGGUAACUGUAGGAUGUAAGUUUUCAAUGAAUAACUGCACCAUCUCUGGCUCUAAGAUGUAUGGAGUCCAUAUCCUGAUGGCUGAUAAAUCACAUGUCAGCAUUACAUCUGUAUCACAGAUAAACAGCAUUCCAGAAAUGAAGGAGUCUGGGACGAUCUGCAAAGAUAAUGCUGUAGAUGUGCGACUUGCUCCAGUGGUUCAGAAUCAUUUGAGCACUCAGAAUGGACAGACCAGUGUUAUAUCUUGAGCUGAAGGAACAGUGUCUGCACCUGGAACUAUUACUGUUAAUUAUUUUAUGUGAGAGAUUUUUUUUAAAGUUAUCUGAACUAUAAAGUUUAGUUAUUAUAAAUAAUUAACAAUGCUGGUAGUGAUUUUAAAAUUGUAACAAGAUUGCAAUUGCAAUUUGGUUGUUAAAGUUUAUAAUGAAAAAUGCUUGCUACAAAACUGUCACCUUUACAAAUUAUAUGUUAAGUUUACAAUUCAUAAAAAACAAAACACUUAACAUAGCACUUAUUUAAAUUUUUAUUUAAUUCAGUUUUAGUAUUAAACUAAAAUUGUUUAUUACUUUUAAAACUAAUAAUUAUUUUUAUCGUUUUUGCAAACAUUUAAACAAUAAUUUAAGGAUAUUAAUAAGUAAAUAAAAUGUUAAUAUUGACCGUUUGAAAUUAGUUUUAGUUCAGAAACAAUGUGAGAACCUAUAUAUCCAGAUAUAUUUUAUAUACUUCAUUGAUGUAGUAUUUGUUUUAGUA